GCGGCGGCGGGGGCGCCAGAGCCCUUACAAUAUCGGAGGGUACUGAGCAGGUACAGGCUGACUGGAAGGAACAAGUGGCUUUAUACCAUGAUGGCUGCUGUCUCCUCAAAGUGUGGGAUUCUCACUCACAUUGGCCCUUGGUUGUUCUGGAGAGAGAAAGACCCCUACAAAUUCCAGUUACUUCCAUGAAGCCCUGCAUGCGUGAGCCAUGUCUUUCCAUUCUGGGCGAGGAUGUCCCCGUGGCCAGGGGGGACCAGGAGCAAGAACUUCAACACAGACCUACCGCCCUCAGAACCUGCGGCAGCUUCACCCACAGCAGCCCUCCGUGCAGUACCAGUAUGAGCAGCAAACCGCCCCUCCGACAACCUACUCCAACCCUCCCGCCACCGGCUACAUGCCUCCCAGGCCAGACUUUGUGCCCUAUCCUCCUCCAGUGCCCCCUUCCACGCAAAAUCCCAUCAGCCAGUGUCCCAUGAGGCCACCGUUUCCAAACCACCAGAUGCGGCAGAGCUUCCCAGUGCCUCCAUGUUUCCCUCCCACUCCUCCGCCAGUGCCAAACCCUAGCAACACUCCCGUGCCGGGAACACCUGCUGGACAAAGCACCUUUCCUUACAUGAUGCCUCCCCCCACAGUACCGCACCCUCCCCCGCCACCGGUCAUGCCGCAGCAGGUCAGCUACCAGCCCGUGUACUCGGCAGGGUACUCGCAGCAGUCCUUCCCGCCGCCCAGCUUCAGCAGCUACCAGCACAGCUCCGGCUCCUUCCCGGGCAGCGCCGCCAGCAGCGGCGCCGGCAGCAGCCACUUCCGGCACACGGGGCAGUACCAGGGAGAGAAGGCCCAGAGCGAGCGGCGCUCGCCGGACAGGAGCAAGCACUACGAUGAGCACCGGCACCGCGAGCACGGGCACAUGCACGGCGACAGGCACCGCUCCGCCAGCCACGGCGAUCGUCGGGAUCGCGGCCGCAGCCCGGACAGGAGGAGGCAGGAGAGCAGUCGGCACCGCACAGAUUAUGACAGAGGGAGGAUAUCGCCUCAUCACAGAAGUUAUGAGCGAAACAGGGAGCGGGAGAGGGAGAGGCAUCGUCACCGUGACAGCAGAAGAUCACCAUCACCAGACAGAUCCUACAAAAAGGAUUACAAGAGAGCAGGAAGCCGGUCGCCAAGCAGAGAGAGAAAGAGAACCCGGUGGGAGGAGGACAGAGAAAGGUGGUCUGAGAACCAGAGCUCCAAUAAAGAGAAAAAUUACACUGCUGUCAAAGACAAAGAAUCAGAAGAAAAUGCAUCUGAAAAAAAUGAAGAGGAAGAUGAGGAAUUGCUCAAGCCAGUCUGGGUUCGCUGUACCCAUUCUGAAAGCUAUUAUUCCAAUGACCCUAUGGAUCAAGUGGGGGACUCUACUGUGGUAGGAACAAGCAAGCUCCGGGAUCUGUAUGAAAAGUUUGACGAGGAGUUAGGAAAGCGACAGGCAAAGGCCAAAGCAGCCAGGCCACCAUGGGAGCCACCAAAAACCAAGCUGGAUGAAGAUUUAGAGAGCUCCAGUGAGUCAGAGUGUGACUCCGAAGAUGACAGCAGCUGCUCCAGCAGUUCAGAUUCGGAUGUUAUUGACGUCAUUGCAGAAAUUAAGCGUAAAAAAGCACACCCUGAUCGUCUCCAUGAGGAAUUGUGGUACAAUGAUCCAGGACAGAUGAAUGAUGGACCUUUGUGCAAAUGCAGUGCUAAAGCCCGGCGAACAGGAAUAAGACAUGGCAUUUAUCCUGGUGAAGAGCCCAUUAAACCAUGUCGUCCCAUGACCAACAAUGCUGGAAGACUGUACCACUACCGAAUUACUGUGUCACCUCCCACAAAUUUCUUAACAGACAGACCUACUGUUAUUGAGUAUGAUGACCAUGAAUAUAUCUUUGAAGGGUUCUCCAUGUUUGCACAUGCCCCCCUGACAAACAUUCCUCUAUGCAAAGUAAUCAGGUUUAACAUUGACUAUACAAUUCAUUUCAUUGAGGAGAUGAUGCCUGAGAAUUUUUGUGUGAGAGGUCUUGAACUGUUCUCUUCAUAUCUAUUCAAAGAUAUUUUGGAAUUGUAUGACUGGAAUCUUAAAGGUCCUUCACUUGAAAAUGAUUCUGUUUCCUGUCCCAGAUACCACUUCAUGCCGCGGUUUGUGAGAUUUCUCCCAGAUGGAGGAAAAGAAGUACUCUCAAUGCAUCAGAUUCUUCUCUACUUGUUACGAUGCAGUAAAGCUCUGGUGCCUGAAGAGGAGAUUGCCAACAUGCUUCAGUGGGAAGAACUGGAAUGGCAGAAAUAUGCAGAAGAAUGCAAAGGGAUGAUCGUUACCAGCCCUGGCAUGAAGCCCAGCUCAGUUCGUAUUGAUCAACUAGACCGCGAACAAUUCAAUCCUGAUGUAAUUACUUUCCCUAUCAUUGUGCACUUUGGGAUACGACCUGCUCAACUCAGUUAUGCUGGAGAUCCUCAAUACCAAAAGCUGUGGAAGAGUUACGUGAAGCUGCGUCACCUGCUGGCUAAUAGUCCCAAAGUCAAACAGGCUGAUAAACAGAAAUUAUCACAAAGAGAGGAAGCACUGCAGAAGAUUCGCCAGAAGAACACCAUGAGACGUGAAGUGACAGUGGAGUUGAGCAGCCAGGGCUUCUGGAAAACAGGGAUACGCUCUGAUGUCUGCCAGCAUGCAAUGAUGCUUCCUGUGCUCACCCACCAUGUCCGCUACCAUCAGUGUCUGAUGCACUUGGACAAACUGAUAGGCUACACUUUUCGAGAUAGGUGCUUGCUGCAGCUUGCCAUGACUCACCCAAGCCAUCAUUUAAAUUUUGGGAUGAAUCCGGAUCAUGCCAGAAAUUCCUUAUCCAACUGUGGGAUUCGACAGCCCAAGUAUGGUGAUAGAAAAGUUCACCAUAUACACAUGAGAAAAAAAGGGAUAAACACCCUGAUAAAUAUUAUGUCCCGUUUGGGACAGGAUGAUCCAGCUCCUUCCAGGAUUAACCACAAUGAGCGUUUAGAAUUUCUGGGAGAUGCUGUGGUGGAGUUCUUAACAAGUGUCCACUUAUACUACCUGUUUCCCACUCUGGAGGAAGGAGGAUUAGCUACGUACCGCACUGCCAUCGUACAGAACCAGCACCUGGCCAUGCUGGCUAAGAAGCUGGAACUGGAACGAUUCAUGCUCUACGCUCAUGGUCCAGACCUUUGCAGGGAGUCAGAUCUCCGCCAUGCCAUGGCCAACUGCUUUGAAGCCCUCAUAGGAGCUGUUUAUCUAGAGGGAAGCCUAGAAGAAGCAAAACAAUUAUUUGGACGUUUGCUCUUCAAUGAAAAGGACCUGCGGGAUGUAUGGCUUAAUUAUCCACUACACCCACUCCAACUGCAGGAGUCCAAUACUGACAGGCAACUCAUUGAGACCUCUCCAGUACUUCAAAAGCUUACAGAGUUUGAGGAGGCAAUUGGAGUCAUCUUUACUCACGUUCGACUUCUAGCACGUGCAUUCACUCUGAGGACAGUAGGCUUUAACCAUCUGACUCUAGGCCACAACCAGAGGAUGGAAUUCCUGGGUGACUCCAUAAUGCAGUUGGUAGCCACAGAGUAUUUAUUCAUACAUUUCCCCGAUCAUCAUGAAGGGCACUUAACGCUGUUGAGAAGUUCUUUGGUGAACAACAGGACACAGGCCAAGGUGGCAGAGGAGCUGGGCAUGCAAGAGUUUGCCAUCACUAACGACAAGACAAAAAGGCCUGUAACUCUUCGAACUAAGACUUUGGCUGAUCUCUUGGAAUCCUUUAUUGCUGCUCUGUACAUUGAUAAAGAUUUGGAAUACGUUCACACUUUCAUGAAUGUUUGCUUUUUUCCACGGCUAAAGGAGUUUAUUUUAAAUCAAGAUUGGAAUGAUCCUAAAUCUCAGCUUCAGCAGUGCUGCUUGACUCUCAGGACAGAAGGAAAAGAGCCAGACAUUCCUCUCUACAAGACCCUGCAGACAGUGGGACCUUCUCAUGCCAGGACAUACACAGUAGCUGUCUACUUCAAAGGGGAAAGAAUAGGAUGUGGUAAAGGUCCAAGUAUUCAGCAAGCAGAAAUGGGAGCUGCAAUGGACGCACUUGAAAAAUAUAACUUUCCCCAGAUGGCCCAUCAGAAACGGUUCAUUGAACGGAAGUACAGACAAGAGUUGAAAGAAUUGAGGUGGGAAAGAGAGCAUCAAGAAAGAGAGUCAGAGGAGACUGAAGAAGCAAGGAAAUAAAAGGAGGGCACAGAAGCAGUGGCAUAUUUACUUACUUAAUAACUCUGACUGUGGCCUAUGGAGACCUAACCUAGUUUCUUGCAGAUGAAUGAAGAGUGCCUGUUGAUAUUAAAAAAAAAAAAUAAUAAUAAUAUCUUCCUUUAAAAGUGUGUGCAAAUAUAGUAUUUCUUUAGUUUGGUUUUAAGUUUGGCUUUUUAAUAAGAUUUGGGUUUAAAUCCUUUUAAUUUUUAUGAAAAGUUGUUGAUUAUUUUUAUUCUUUUUACUGUCUUGUAUGAAGUAAUAAAGUAUUAAUUUCCAAAGCUAA